AUGUGUGGAAUUUGGUCUCUCUUUGGAUUAGAUAUACCAUCUUUAAGUCAUAUAUGUGAACAUUUUGAGAAAAUAGUACAUCGUGGUCCAGAAGCAUUCAAACUUGAAUAUGACCGUAGAGUUAAAGUAUGACUUUGUUAAAAUUUUUUAAAUAUUUAUAUGUGCUUUCAUUAAUAUAAUGAGUACAUAAUAUGAAUAAUAUAUCUUUAUGGAAUGCAGCCAAUGAGACUUUAUCAAUAUCCACAUUUGUUUCUAUUGUGUAAUGGUGAAAUUUAUAAUUACAAAGAGAUUACUUUGAAGCAUGGAUUUGCAUAUGCUACCAAAUGUGAUGUUGAAGUAAUAAUACAUAUAUAUGAACAUUUUGGUGCUGAAAAUGUUGUUAGAAUGCUUGAUGGUGUUUUUGCAUUUUGUUUAAUGGAUAUAAAAAAUAGAAGAAUUCUUAUUGCUAGGGAUCCUUAUGGUGUUAGACCUCUUUUCCGCUUAUAUUCUGAUGAUGGACAACUUGCAAUUUCUUCAGAAAGCAAGGGACUUAUUGGAGUAUCAAAACAAAUAACAUCAAAAUGGAUAUUGGAACCAUUUCCACCAGGUUAUUAUGAAGAAUAUGAAAUUCUAAAUGAUGGUAGAACAAAAUUAUUGACUAAAACAAACUAUUAUAAACCUGGAGAUAAACCCAGUUUUGAAACUUAUGUUCCUUGGAAUGAUUUGAACACUGCAGAUGUACAUGAAAAUAUAAGAAAGUUACUUUCAGCUGCUGUAAAAAAAAGAUUAAUGACUGAUAGAGAAAUUGGGUGUCUAUUAUCAGGUGGUUUAGAUUCAAGUUUAAUUGCUGCUUUACUUGUAAAACAUGCAAAAGAGAUGAACUUACCAUAUAAAAUAAAAAGUUUUGCAAUUGGUAUGGGAGAUAGUCCAGAUAUUAUUGCAGCUAGACAAGUUGCAGAACACAUAGGAACAGAUCAUCAUGAAAUAAUAUUUUCAGAAAAAGAUGUUGCUAAUAUUUUAGAUAAACUCAUUUAUCAGUUGGAGACUUGUGAUAUUACUACAAUUCGAGCUUCCAUUGGUAUGUAUCUUAUCUCAAGAUACAUUAAACAUAAUACAAAAACAGUUGUAAUAUUCAGUGGAGAAGGUGCAGACGAGCUGGCACAAGGAUACAUUUAUUUCAGAGAUGCGCCCAAUGCGGUAGAAGCUCAUAAUGAAUCUAUUCGAUUAUUAAAAGAUAUCUAUUUAUAUGAUGGCUUGAGAGCAGACAGGACAACCAGUGCAUUUAGUUUGGAACUACGAGUUCCAUUUUUAGAUAUUCAGUUCACAAACUAUUACCUAUCAUUAGAUGCUGCUUCUAGACAACCUCAAGGAGGAAUAGAAAAACAUUUAUUAAGAUCAGCAUUUGAUGGUACAAAUCUGUUGCCAUCAAAUAUAUUAUGGAGACAUAAAGAAGCAUUCAGUGAUGGUGUAACAUCAAUUAAAAAAUCACUCUUCCAUAUCAUACAUGAUAUUGUGGACACUCGCAUAACAGACGAGGAAUUAGAAAAAGUUCAUUUAAAAUACCCACAUUGUACCCCAAAUACUAAAGAAGCAUUUUAUUACAGACAAAUCUUUGAGAAACAUUUUGGAGGUCAAGCAGAAAACUUUGUACCAUACUUUUGGAUGCCGCAAUGGGUAAAGGGAGUUCGUGAUCCAUCCGCACGAUUUAUUGCUCAUUAUAAAGCAGAUGUAAAAAACAAUCACAAUGAAAACAAAGGAACUGAAAGUACAAUUAUCGAUUGA